UCCGUCUCCAACGCCCCGUAAUCCAAUUCUCUGAUGAAACCCUACUCCUCUCCCUCUGCACACCGUCCCUCCUCCCUCUCCCUCUCCCUCUCCCUCUCCCUCUCCCUCUCGAGCUCCUGGAAACCCUAACCAUAACCCUAAUUCUCUAUCUCUCUCUCUAUCUCUAUCUCUAUCUCUAUCUCUAUCUCUCUCGGCCUCUCUUUCUCUCUUUGUCGUUCUCCCCUGCCUUUGAUGUCCCUCCAAUCCCCGGAGUUCAAGUACAUCACGCAGGAGUGCCUCCGAGAAUGGAAGAGCUCCAACCCUAGCUUCAGGCUCCCCGAUCCGGUCCCGAUGAACCGGUUCCUGUACGAACUCUGCUGGGCCAUGAUUCGAGGGGAGUUGCCGUUUCCGAAGUGCAGGGCGGCGUUGGAUUCUGUGGUGUUCAAAGAGGAGCAGGGGAGGGAGGAGAUGGGGUCCGUUCUUGCGGAUAUCAUCGCACACCUGGCUCUAGAUCUUACGAUCUCUGGGGAUCAUCGCAUUCGCCUUGUUAAAAUGGCAAAAUCGCUGGUGGAAUCUUCUUUUGUUCCAGCAAGGCUUUUGCAAGAGCGCUGUGAAGAAGAAUUUCUGUGGGAAGCGGAAUUAAGCAAGGCAAAAGCUCAAGAUCUUAAGACCAAAGAGGUUAGAGUUAAUACUCGCCUUCUUUAUCAGCAAACAAAGUUCAAUCUUUUACGGGAAGAGAGUGAGGGUUAUGCUAAGUUGGUUACACUUCUUUGUCAAGGUGGUUUAGAUUCAAUUAAUCGAAAUACAUCAAGAGUGACAAUUAGUAUUAUAAAGUCAUUAAUUGGGCAUUUCGAUCUGGAUCCUAAUCGCGUUUUCGAUAUUGUGCUGGAGUGUUUUGAACUCUAUCCCGAGAAUCAUAUAUUUUAUAACUUGAUUCCUAUAUUUCCGAAGUCACACGCUGCUCAAGUUUUGGGAUUUAAGUUCCAGUAUUACCAGCGAGUUGAAGUCAAUACUCCUGUUCCUUCUAGCCUUUUCCGACUUGCAGCUUUACUGGUGAAAGCAGAAUUUAUCGAUCUUGAUAGUAUAUACACACACUUACUUCCCAAGGAUGAUGAGGCAUUUGAGCACUAUGAUGCUUUUAUUGCAAAACGGAUUGAUGAGGCUAAUAAAAUUGGUAAAAUAAAUCUUGCUGCUACUGGGAAGGACCUCAUGGAAGAUGAAAAACAAGAUGUAACUAUUGAUUUGUAUACUGUGUUGGACAUGGAAAGUGAUGCAGUUAGUGAACGAGCUUCUGAGAAUGAAAAGAAUCAGAAACUUGGGUUGCUCGCUGGUUUCCUUUCUAUUGAUGAUUGGUUCCAUGCCCAAAUACUUUUUGAUCGUCUUGGUCACCUAAAUCCUGUUGAGCAUGUUCAAAUUUGUGAGGGUUUAUUUAGGGUGAUUGAGAAGAGUUUGUCUUCUGCAUAUGCUAUAGUUUGCCAAACACAUAAUGAAACCGCUGGGAGCUCAAAUUCCAUCACUGAUGCCAUGGAAGCAACAACAGCCUCUUCUCCAACAAACUCUUCUAUUAACCUUCCACGAGAGUUCUUUCAGAUGCUGAUUGCUGUGGGCCCUUAUCUGCAUCGUGAUACUGAACUUCUUCAGAAGGUUUGCAGAGUGCUGAGGGCAUACUAUCUGUCUUCACGAGGCUUACGCUAUACUGCUUCAAAUAUGAUUUCUUCUGAAUCAAAUGAAACAAAGAGGUCUAAAGAAGCUAGGUUUAGGGUUGAAGAAGCGCUAGGGUCAUGUUUGCUUCCUUCAUUGCAGCUGAUCCCUGCAAAUCCUGCUAUUGGGCAGGAAAUUUGGGAAGUCCUUUCUCUUCUACCAUAUGAGGCCCGCUACCGGUUGUAUGGUGAAUGGGAAAAGGAUGAUGAACGAAGUCCUAUAGUUCUUGCUGCAAGGCAGAUUGCAAAGUUGGACACAAGAAGGAUCUUGAAGCGACUUGCGAAGGAAAACUUGAAGCAGCUUGGUCGCAUGGUCGCCAAACUUUCUCAUGCUAACCCAAUGACUGUACUUCGCACUAUUGUCAUUCAGAUUGAGGCUUAUAGGGAUAUGAUUACGCCAGUAGUCGAUGCUUUUAAGUACUUGACGCAGCUGGAGUACGAUAUAUUAGAAUAUGUUGUCAUUGAACGCCUUGCUCAAGGAGGACGUGAGAAGCUGAAAGAUGAUGGCCUAAAUCUCUCAGAUUGGCUUCAGUCUCUUGCCUCCUUUUGGGGCCACCUGUGUAAGAAGUAUCCUUCAAUGGAAUUGAGAGGCCUUAUUCAGUAUCUUGUUAAUCAGUUAAAGAAGGGCUCGGGUGUUGAGCUUGUUUUAUUGGAGGAGCUAAUUCAGCAAAUGGCGAAUGUGCAGUACACUGAAAAUAUGACUGAGGAACAGCUAGAUGCUAUGGCAGGAAGUGAGACAUUGCGAUACCAAGCUACGCUUUUUGGAAUGACGAGAAAUAAUAAGGUAUUGAGUAAAUCUACAAACCGACUGCGGGACUCCUUACUUCCAAGGGAAGAACCUAAGCUGGCAAUUCCUCUGUUAUUGCUGAUAGCUCAGCACCGCUCCAUGGUUGUCAUAAAUGCGGAUGCGCCAUACAUCAAAAUGGUCAGUGAGCAGUUUGAUAGGUGCCAUGGAACACUUCUUCAGUAUGUUGAAUUUCUUUCUAGUGCGUUUGCUCCUACAAACUAUGCUCAGUUGAUUCCUCCUCUAGAUGAGCUUGUUCAUAAGUAUCAUCUUGAUCCAGAGGUAGCUUUUCUCAUUUAUCGGCCUGUUAUGAGACUCUUCAAAAACAGGAAUGGGGCUGAAAUUUGUUGGCCUCUCAAUGCCAUUAGAGAUCUGAACAUGCCGAGCGAUGAAAAUGAAGAACUUCCAGUUUCAUCCAAUGAUUUCAUUUUGCAACUUGGCUCCCAGAAGCCAGUCAUCAGGUGGUCCGACCUUCUUAACACAGUGCGAUCAAUGCUGCCUUCAAAGUCUUGGAAUAGUCUUUCUCCUGAACUGUAUGCCACAUUUUGGGGCCUAACACUUUACGACCUUUACAUCCCUAGAAACCGAUACGAGUCAGAGAUAUCAAAACAGCAUGCCGCUAUUAAAGCAUUGGAAGAACUCUCUGACAACUCAAAUAUAGCGAUCACAAAGCGUAAAAAGGAGAAGGAAAGGAUCCAGGAGGUUCUUGAUAGAUUGAUUAAUGAGUUUCAGAAGCACGAGCAACAUGUUUCUUCUGUGCGACUAAGGCUAAGUCGAGAAAAGGACAAGUGGUUGAGUUCUUGCCCUGAUACUUUGAAGAUCAAUAUGGAGUUUCUUCAGCGUUGUAUAUUCCCACGUUGUGUAUUCAGCAUGCCCGAUGCCGUAUAUUGCGCUAUGUUUGUGCAUACAUUACAUUCACUUGGAACACCAUUUUUUAACACAGUGAACCAUAUCGAUGUCCUGAUCUGUAAAACACUACAACCCAUGAUCUGUUGUUGUACUGAAUAUGAAGCAGGCAGGCUUGGGAGAUUUCUCUAUGAGACAUUAAAGAUGGCCUACCAUUGGAAGAGUGAUGAGUCUAUUUAUGAACGGGAAUGUGGAAACAUGCCAGGGUUUGCUGUAUAUUACAGAUACCCAAACAGCCAGCGUGUUACUUAUAGUCAAUUCAUGAGAGUGCAUUGGAAAUGGAGUGGAAGAAUGACUAGAUUGCUCGUGCAGUGCUUGGAAUCUACUGAAUACAUGGAAAUAAGAAAUGCCCUUAUUGUGCUGACAAAAAUUUCUAGUGUUUUUCCUGUCAUUCGUAAGAGUGGUAUUAACAUUGAGAAAAGGGUAGCUAAAAUCAAAGGGGAUGAGAGGGAAGAUCUCAAAGUUUUGGCAACUGGUGUAGCUGCAGCUUUGGCUGCUCGCAAGAGCUCAUGGGUUUCUGAAGAAGAAUUUGGCAUGGGGCAUAUUGAUCUGAAGCCUUCAGCAUCACCUGCGAAAGCUCUUACUGGGAAUCAGGCCAUUGAUCCUCUAAAUGCAGCUAAAGAUCCAAUGGCACGCAUGAAAUCCUCAGAUAGCAGAGCAGAAAAAUCAGAAGGUGCUAUGCUUCCAAAAUCUGAUAUUUCACAACAAAAGCGUGGUGGCAUGUCUGCAAACGGGCAUGAUCACUCUUCACCAGCACCAUCUAAACCUUCUGGGGUAGAAGUUGGGUCUGAGGAACCAGUUACAAAGGCGUCUCAGAAGUCUAUGGUUGAGUCUGAGGCGAGACCUCAACAGAAGCGGACAACUCAGAACUCUCUUGGAAAGAUCCCAAAACAGGAUGUUGUUCGAGAAGAUGCUAAAUCUGGAAAAGAUGGAGGUGCAGUUGCUUCAGCUGCUUCUAAUGGUUUUGAUAUUCAUGACCCAGCCGCUAAACAACAAAAGAGAAGUGCUCUGACUGAAGAACAGGAUAGAGCGACUAAACGCAAGAAGGGAGACGCUGAAGGCAAGGAUGAUGAAGAAAAAACUCAUAUUCCAGAUCAUGACAAAAAUGCAAGUGAGGAGCAAAUUUCAGGUAGGCCAGAUAAAUCAAAAGAUAAAGGUAAUGAGAAGUAUGACAAAGAGCAAAGAGAUAAGAUCCGUGGGGAAGAUAAUCUUGAGAGAUUAAGGGAUAAGUCGGUGGAGAGAAGUGAACGUUCUACAGAAAGGAGAGAUGAUAGGAAUAAGGAGGAGAGAAGCAAACUGAGACACAGUGAGGCUCACAAUGAUGAGCGCUUUCAUGGGCAAAGUUUGCCUCCGCCACCACCUCUUCCUCCCAGUUUUGUUCCUCAGUCAGUUGGAGGCAACCGAAGAGAUGAAGAGAGUGAUAGAAGAGUAGGCAGCACUAGCGGCAGACAUAUUCAGCGGCUUUCUCCUAGACAUGAUGAGAAAGAAAAGCGGCGUUCUGAAGAAAAUGUUGUCUCAUCGCAAGAUGAUGCGAAGCGUAGGAGAGAGGAUGAUUUCCGGGAUAGAAAGCGCGAAGAACGAGAGGGGGCAUCAAGUAAGGUUGAUGAGAGGGACAGAGAUAAAGGAAAUCCACUUAAAGAAGAUAGUGAUCCUAAUGUAGCAUCCAAAAGGCGAAAACUAAAAAAAGAUCAAUCUUCAUCUUCUGAAGCUGGUGGGGAGUAUUCUCCUGUCAUCCCACCACCUCCCCCUCAUGGGGCGGGCAUUUCUCAAUCGUUUGAUGCCAGAGAAAGAGGAGAGAGAAAAGGGGGUAUGGUGCAGCAUCGAGCAGCUUAUGUUGAUGAAGUGCCAAGAAUGCAUGGCAAGGAAGCAGCAAGUAAGGUCAAUCGUCGGGACACUGAUCAAAUACAUGAAAGAGAGUGGGAAGAAGAAAAGCGGCAAAGAGCUGAAGCGAAAAGGAAGCAUCGGAAAUAGGCAUUUAAACAAAUAGCAAGCGAGGAUUCUCUUUUUGCAGACAAAAGGCUCCCGUGUAUGUUGUUGCAGUCAUCCAUGACUCAAAAGCAAAAAUGAGUGCAGCUGAAGUUGUCCUCACCAACAGAGUGGAAAACUGUAGAGAUUAUGAUGGUCAAACUCUGGUUACCGAGCGUGCGCAGAGCUUUACUACAUUUUAAUUUUAUUUUGAUAGGGAAGGCCCGCGCACUCCCUUUGUAACAAUCGGAUGUGUUUUAUUGGUUUGACACAAGAAUUCUUGAAAUGUGUAGUAGAUCUGUGAUGUAACAUGGUCGCCAGGUGUGGUGUUUUUCGCCAAUUUAUCUCGGGAUCGAGCUCUUUUUCUAUGUAUAAAAUGUCAGGAUAAGCAAAGAAAUUCAAAGAAAAUUUGUUGUUUUA